AUGAAGGCACUCACCCCAAAAACCCGUGGUACUAUUAUUUAUGGUAAAAUAUGUGGACAAUCAGGUCGCACUAUUGCUAAAAAUUUGGGGUGUAGUAAAACAGCUGUUUAUAAUACACUUAAAUGCUUUCAGCUUAAAGCUUAUGUUCAAGAAAAUGGUGAAAAUUGUCAGCUUUGUGCAAAAAAACUUUCAACUGUUUGGACAUCUCGUUUAAAAAACCCCAUUUCUGCAUUUACUAUACGUUGUACCCUUAAAAAGUUAGACUUAGUACUCAUAUUCCUCAUCACAAACCUGCAAUAA